AUGGGUUUGGUGCAGCUCUCCCCGCCCCGCACGGGUCACCCGGGUGCGGUCGCUGCGCUCCACCGCUCCAGAGGGCAGCCACUGGCUCCGCCACUCCAGCUCUCCCGCACCUCCACUCCAGCAAUCGCGCAAGUGCGGGCGGGCGCGGGGCUGCCCGGCCCUCCCUGUUCCCGGGGUGCCGGAAGGGAGUUUCUGCCGCCGGCGGCUGCACACAGCGCGGCUCUCAGAACAGCCGACUCCAAAGCGGAGGCGAGAGGCAAGACGGAGCUGCUGGCAUCGUGGGCACUGAGCACCCGUGUUUCCCCUCUCAUCUGCUCUGGGGCAGGGAGGCGGCGCAGGCGGGAGACCCGGGACAACCCGGGCGGGCCAGGCAGAGCUGCGCCCCACACUGAUGGCUCUGGCCCCACGCACCCAGUGGGUACGACGCGUGCCAGGCUCCAGGCUCGCACCCGGGCCCUCUGCCGGAUCAGAGGCCAGGACCCGAGAAAGCAGGACGUUCUUAACGCGAAGCGAGAGCCCUUCCUCUGUCCCUGGGCAGCACGGAAUCCCGCUACCUCGGGGCUCCUGCGCGCCCUCGCCGGCCGAGGUCAACCCGGGCCGCGAGCCCUUGGAGGGGCUCCUGGAGUGGGGAACGAACCGGCAUCCCCUCGGAUGGCCGCACCACCGUGGGCGGCCUCGCCCGGGGGGCCACACGGAAGCUCUCCGCCCAAGUUUGUUGUGCCCUGGAAGAAAAGGCUUUCUCUUACAAAGCACAAAGGCGAAACGCCCAGGCCGAGCCCUGAAAAGCUCCGGAUUGGGGGGAGGGGGCGGCCGGAGGCAAGGGAGCACGGUGGCAGGGCCGGGCUCCGACUGGAGAAGGUCGCCGGGCUCAGUCAGACGAGCGCGGCGGCGGUGGCCGCAGGACCGACUGCAGCGACCCGCAUGCUCGCUGAAAAGUUUUGUUCUCAAGUCGGAAGAAGAGAAAUUGUUACUCAGUUGAAGGCAGGUCUUGGAUAA